UCUCAUAUGUAGGUUAAUCCUAAUAUAUUUCUCUCUAUUAUAUUAUUUAUCGUCGUGUUCAAGGUUUGUUUUGUUAGCUUUGGCAUGACACCUGAUAGUUUCUAUCCUAACAGGUGAAUAAAUUCACCUGGAGACAAAUGCGUAAAAUCUGUGUCAUGGAAGUUCUGAGUGUAAAGAAUGUCCGGUCAUUCAGCUCCAUCAGGCACGAUGAAGUUGUUCAUCUCAUUGACUCUAUCCAAUCUUCUUCUUCUGGUGAGCCAGUUAAUUUUACUGAAAGGAUAAUUUGGUUCACAAGUUCCAUGACAUGUAGAUCAACAUUUGGGCAAGUACUAAAGGAGGAAGACAUAUUUAUAAAACUAAUUAGAGAAGUAAUAAGCUUAGCAGAAGGCUUUGAUGUGGCUGACAUUUUCCCUUCAUACAACUUUCUUCACGUUCUUGGCGGAGCGAAACACAAACUUCUAGAUGCCCACCGUAAGGUAGAUUCAAUUGUUGAGGAUGUUAUCAAUGAGCACAAGAAGAAUCUUGCAACUCGCAAGAGUGAUGAUGCCUUAGGAGGUGAAGAUUUAAUUGAUGUCCUACUAAGACUUAUGAAUGAUGGAAGUCUUCAAUUUCCAAUUAACAACGAUAAUAUCAAAGCUGUUAUUAUUGACAUGUUUGCUGCCGGAACAGAAACUUCAUCAACAACAACCGUAUGGGCUAUCGUUGAAAUGAUGAAAAAUCCAAGUAUAUUUGUGAAAGCUCAAGGAGAAGUGCGAGAAACCUUUAGAGACGAAGAAACGUUCGAUGAAAAUGAUAUGGAGGAGCUGAAAUACUUGAAGUUAGUCAUUAAAGAAACUAUGCGACUUCAUCCACCAGUUCCACUUUUGGUCCCAAGAGAAUGUAGGGAGGAGACGAAUAUAAACGGCUAUACUAUUCCUGUAAAGACCAAAGUUAUGGUUAAUGUUUGGGCAUUGGGAAGAGAUCCAAAAUAUUGGGAUGACGCUGAAAGCUUUAAGCCAGAGAGAUUUGAGCAGUGCUCUGUGGAUUUUGUUGGUAAUAAUUUUGAAUAUCUUCCCUUUGGUGGUGGACGGAGGAUUUGUCCCGGGAUAUCAUUUGGUUUAGCUAAUGUUUAUAUGCCAUUGGCUCAAUUGCUUUAUCACUUCGAUUGGAAACUCCCACCUGGAAUCAAACCAAGUGACUUGGACUUGACUGAAUUGGCUGGAAUAACUACUGCGAGAAAGGGUGAUCUUUACUUUAUUGCGACUCCUUAUCAACCUUGUCGACAGUAAUUUUAAUGACAUCAACUCUUUAA